CUUAUAGUUUACUAAUGAGAAAUCAAAAGGACUUGGGACCAUGAACAGUGCUUCUUCCCCUGAGUUUGAGUUCUCCUUCAUGGAGGACGGUUUCUCUUUCCGCGAUACUGUUGAGCAGAAGAUCAAUGACUCAUCUAGGACGGAUGAUAGAGAUGCCUUCUAUGUGUGUGACUUGGGGGAUGUGCUUAAGAAACAUCUGCGCUGGAUGAGGGCCCUGCCUCUUGUCACUCCUUUCUAUGCUGUCAAAUGCAAUGACAGUCGGGCAGUCUUAAAAACACUGGCGUCCCUGGGAACUGGAUUUGACUGUGCAAGCAAGACAGAGCUUGAGCUGGUUCUGUCUCUGGGAGUGGAUCCAAGCAGAAUUAUCUAUGCCAACGCCUGUAAGCAAAUUUCUCAUAUCAAAUAUGCAUCUGCCCAUGGGGUCCAGAUGAUGUCCUUUGAUAGCGAAGUGGAACUCAUGAAAGUGGCCUGUUUUCAUGACAAUGCCAAGCUGGUGCUGCGUAUUGCCACAGAUGACUCAAAGGCAGUGUGUCGUGUGAGUGUGAAGUUUGGGGCCCCGCUUAAAUCUUGUCGAGGUCUUCUGGAGCGGGCUAAAGAACUGGGACUGAACGUCAUUGGUGUCAGCUUCCAUGUUGGUAGUGGCUGUACUGAUCCAAAGACCUACACGGAGGCCAUCGCUGAUGCUCACUGUGUUUUCCAUAUGGGCGAUGAGUUCGGCUUCAACAUGGAUCUCUUGGACAUUGGUGGUGGUUUCCCUGGUUGUGAUGACGGUGGACAUACAUUUGAAGAGGAAAGAUGCUGUCUAAAUUUUAUCAAGGAUGUAAUCCACUCUGCCCUGGACAAGUAUUUCCCUGCUGACUCUGGGGUAAAGCUAAUCGCUGAGCCAGGACGCUUUUAUGUAGCUUCUGCUUUCACACUGGUUGUCAACAUCAUUGCCAAGAAGGUCAUCAUAGACUCAACCUCUGAUGAGAAAGAUGAAGGGGCCAAAGAAAAACCCAAAGACAAGACUAUGAUGUACUAUGUCAAUGAUGGAACGUUUGGAUCUUUCUUGGUUUCAGCCGUGACCUUUUCUACAAAUUUACCAACACUGUAUAAGAAGCCAAAGCCAGAUGAGAUCUUAUACCUCUGCAGUAUCUGGGGCCCAACUUGUGCUGGUGAUGAUCGCAUUGUUGAGCAGUGUUACCUGCCUGACCUGCAGGUGGGCGACUGGCUGGUCUUUGAAAACAUGGGUGCCUACACCGUGGCUGCCUCCUCCACCUUCAAUGGUUUCCAAAGACCUGGCCUUCACUAUGUCGUGUCCCGUCCUGAUUGGCAACACAUCCAGCAGAUUAGCAGGGGAUGUCAGAAGGAGUUUCACCUGUUUGGAGAAUCAGCCUAUGAUGCAACUAAGUUACAUUCCUGGCUGGUAACUCACAAGGCGGUUAACUAUUAA